AUGUCGUAUCUAUCAGAUUCUACCUACGGUAAGGACAACGUCAAAUUCCUCAAGGUCAAGAAGGAUCCACGCAACCCAAAGAUCCAUGAGGUCAUGGAAGCAACCGUUCGUGUCCUUCUAACUGGUGCCUUUGACGAGUCUUACACCGAGGCUGACAACUCAUCCAUCGUUCCUACUGAUACAGUCAAGAACACCAUCUUGGUCGAGGCCAAGAAGUUCGAUAUCUGGCCAAUCGAAAACUUUGCCGCACAUUUGGCCAAGCACUUUAUUAACAAGUACAGCUGGGUUUCCGCUGUCGACGUGUCCAUCCACCAGCACCGUUGGACUCGUAUCUCACGUGAGAACGGAGCCUCUAAGACUUACGACCACUCUUUCCUGAAGGAUGGAGAUGAGCUACGUUUGUCAACUUUGCAGUACUCUCGAAACGGCACUUUCAAGCUCUCAUCCGGAGUCAAGGAUCUCACUGUUUUGAAGAGCACUGGAUCUAUGUUCUACGGAUAUAACGAAUGUGACUACACCACCUUAAAGCCAACUAAGGAUAGAAUUUUGUCUACUGAUGUGGAUGCCACCUGGGUUUGGGACUCCAAGAAACUUGGAAGCAUCAACAACAUCAACACUCUCGCAAAGCACGGAGUGUUCGAUGAUGCCUUCGAAGCUGCCAGGAAAGUUACCUUAGACCUUUUCGCCACAGAGAACUCUCCAUCGGUACAGAACACUAUGUACAAGAUGGCACAGAAGAUUUUAGACUUAGUGCCCGACCUUGAGAACGUCACCUACUCUUUGCCUAACAAACAUUACUUCUUGUUUGACUUUUCAUUCCAGGGUUUGGAGAACGACAACGAGCUAUUCUACCCAUCCCCACAUCCCAACGGAUUAAUCAAAUGCACUGUUGCUCGUACACCUAAAUCCAAGCUCUAG